CCAUGGUGACACCAACCUCCGCGGCUGCCUCUCAGCCGAAGAAGUUGGAUGUUGAGUAUUCGAAUAAAGUAGCUGCACAACGGUCUGAGCCUAGUCCUUCUUAUUAUUUCAGUGAAGGAGAUAAUCAGAAUGAUUCUGAUGCAAUGGAGAUGGGAGAAGGGUUAUUUGUUCAUUUCCCUGAUAGACAGGUUCAGGUUGAGGAGUGGAGGAACGAAGCACAAGAGUUCGAAACUGAAUUCAGCGAGAUGGAAAUGAAGAUCCAUAGGUUCCCUGCAAGCCUACGAGUUCUUGGCGUGCGGUACAUCCGCCCUAUGGCUGUGGGCAUCGGCCUUUACCACCACAACUCAGUAAACCUCCAUGAGAUGGAGAAGGUGAAGCGCGUGGCUACGCACCACUUCAUCAGAGACUCUGGCCAUUCUUUUGAGGAGAUGUAUGGGGCGGUCUUCUCCGUCGUAGGCGCUGCCCGCAGCUUCUACAACAUCUACGAGUUUCAGCUGCAAGUGGAAGAUGCUGAAUUGGCAGAUAUGAUGUUUAUUGAUGGUUGCUUCCUUCUGCAGUAUAUGCUGAUGUGUACCGGCCGUGAUAAGCUGCCUCCAUCGUUGUUGUCUUGCUUUGAGUCCAACCAAGCUUGCAUCAGCAAUGACAUAAUGCUGCUCGAGAAUCAACUUCCCUGGCUGGUGGUUGAGACCCUAAGGAGGUUCAGGCCCGUGCCCGUGGAGGAGUUCAUCGGUAAGAUGGGACGCACACUCCAAAUCCGGGGGGACAUGGAUAGUAGGAGACCGGUUGUCUUGGAUGGUGCAGGUAGCCAUACGCCGCCUCAUCUCCUUGGCAUCCUUUGGUUCUACAAAAUGGGGGGCAGAAAUAGUGGAGUGCCCGUGUCUAAUCGUCCAGAUGCUCUGAGAUCAAUGUCAAAGAGUAUUAGCGCCAUCGAGCUUGCAGAGAUCGGCAUCAAGCUGAAAGCUAGCAAGACAACUAAGUUUACGGACAUGGGCAUCAAGAAAGGAUGCCUCUCUGGCGAGAUCUUCCUGGCGCCGUUGUUGCUGGAUGACACAAGGUCAUGCUGGCUCGUCAACAUGGCGGCUUUCGAGGUAUGCCUGGGCAUGGCCACAGGUGCUUAUCAAAACAAGGCAGUUGUCUGCUCCUACCUUGCUGUCCUCGCGACGCUCAUGGAUCGGGAGGAGGAUGUGCAUGAGCUGCGGUCGAAGCGUCUGGUGCAGGGAGAACUCAGCAACAAGGAGACGCUCGAAUUCUUCAAGAUGCUUCUGAAGCGCAUCAGUGGUGGCCCCCUCUACAUUCACAUCAUGGAAGAGGUUGAGGCCUACAAGAUCAACAGGUGGAUGUGGAUCAAGGUGCACCGGUUUGUCCACAAACACUUGAAAGCCAUUGUCACCGUGUUGUCCAUCAUUGGUGUUCUUGUGGGUAUCUUCAAGACCCUCCUCUCUCUCAAGAGACAUUAGCUCAAUGUACAGAUAUAUGCAUUUUUACUUCUUCUGUUGGUGUUGUGCCAUAUACUACGUACUUCUCCAUAUAUAUAUGUAAGUAAAUCAUGGAUGCAUCCUUGUUAUUAUUCGGUGUUCGCCACCAGCAUUACAUUAAUACUGUGCAUA